UUUGUGUGUGUGUGUGUGUAUCACCUGACCCGGGAUUCCAGGAACUGACUUGUUUUCAUACAAAGGGGAGGCUGAAACACAGCACAACUUGCACAGCGACUCUGGAAAACAGAGAGAGAGUUCUGGUGACGUUCUCCACAGUAUGAGCUCCAGUCGUGGAAGCAAGUCAUUGAAGAUCAAGAGGGAGCUGGGCGAGACUUCUCCGUCGCUGAUGGACCAGGAGCUGGUGACCAUGUCGGUGCGGGAGCUGAACCACCACCUGCGCGGCCUGACCAAGGACGAGAUCGUCAACCUGAAGCAGCGGCGGCGCACGCUGAAGAACAGGGGCUACGCCGCCAGCUGCCGGGUCAAGCGGGUGACCCAGCGGGAGGAGCUGGAGCGGCAGAAGGCCGAGCUGGAGCGGGAGGUGGAGAAGCUGGCGGCCGAGAACGCCGGCAUGCGGAACGAGCUGGACGCCCUGCGCUCCAAGUACGAGGCGCUGCAGACCUUCGCCCGGACCGUGGCCUGCGGGCCCACCAAGGUCAACACUACCAGCGUCAUCACCAUCGUCAAGUCGUCCAACUUCAAACGCUAGCGCUGUGACAAAGGGGGGGGGGGGGGGAAACAGCCAGUGGAACCCACCUCCCCCUCCCCCCCGCUCCACCCCCCC